AUGGAGGAAACUGAAGAUGUUGAACAGAAAGACGAGAAUGACGGGAAUGAAAACAUUCAGCAUCUGGAGCUCCAGGAACUAAUCAAUCUUCAAUAUAAUCCACAUGCAGCAGUUGUCUCGCUACCAAGGAUCAUAUGGGCGCGUAUAUGCUGGGACUUUGGGCUGUUUGACCUUCUACGCAUUGGAAACUUAUCAUAUGAUGCCCGAGACUUUGUGCUCAAUCUGAAAAAAGAAUUCUUGCUGAUCAAAGUGUCUCGUUCUGGGGUGCCGACGGUUGGCUAUGCGUUGGAUGAUCGCGUUGUGACGAUUGCCACCACUGAAGGAACUUUGACGAAAUAUUACCAGCAUGAUAUGACACCGGGAAGGGCUGUAGAAUUUCCGACCGGUGUAGCUCCGGAAGUAGCGCCAAUCCAGCAAUUUCCUAUUGAUCUGGAGAUGUUGCUCACAAAUGCAAAUAUACGAUAUGGCCAUUUCCUGUCUUUCGGUGACUUGAUCCCCAACCGUGUACAAAAUUGUCGGGUGAACUAUUUGUUUGAAGAAGAGGGCCCGUCUACCGAGCAUAUUCAGAGAAGGAUCGCAGCCUUCCAGCCAUCCAGCCUAGCCGUCUUUGAUAGCAGGACAGAGAUCCCGAACACAAUUGAUAUGGGAGACAUCCUAUCAAUCGAUGCGGUACAAGCUAUGAGCAGGCUCCGGACAUUUGUCCGCCCAUCCCAUAUACCAGCCCUAAAAAGAUGUGUUGCCGAGGAAUUGAUUGUUUCAGUGGAUUGGAGUGGAAGGAUUAGGGUUGUUCGUUCCUUUAUCCAGUUCGUCCUUGACCGCAUUGUGAGCUGGACCAAAGACGAGGCCGAAAUUGAAGUGCUUGAAAUCAAAUUUCCCGGGAUGGAGGACAGAGUGAUGCAGGCGGUUCGCAAAAUACUUGCUGAGGAACUGCAAAGACUCUCGAAAAACGAUCAGGAAUUUGUUGCUUAUCAGAGCCGAUAUAUUGACGAGGUUCACAUUAUUGAGAGAGAAUUCGAUGAAAAAUCGCUGUUCCUGGCAGUGCGCCGUGGAAAUCUGGAGGUGGCGCAAUUUGACCCUUGGAGAAACGAGACGCGCCCGGAUAAUAACAUUUUUAUCACCUACCAUCUUCAAAAGGAAAUUCAUGGCUUAAUGGAGGAAUAUAGGGACUGGAGAAAGGUCAAUCCUUUUGGCGAGCCUAAAAAUUCGGAAGAGAACUAUACCCCUUACGAAAAUCUUUGCGAUCGUAUGCAUGAAGCUUGUUGGAACUACAACGCAAUGCUUCGUGAGACUUAUAACAGUACACCAGCUGAAUUAUACAAGGAUAAGUUUAUGAUAACCCCGGAGGCGGCCAUCGACCCUAAAUACGCUGAGUACAUACAAGACUAUAAUCCCGACGUGGUCUUCAGCAAGGCCGUCGACAAAUACGCCCGCGACUACAAUGAAAUGGGGCAAAAGUUCCCGGACCCCGAACUCUAUUUGGCCACUGAAUAUUCUGCAAGU